AUGAAUGAACCAACGAACUGGAGUGAGAGCUUGCAAGAAUCGGAGCAGGAGCCAGACUUGGUCCACAGGCUGGAGUCAUCUGGCUGGGCACUGACCAUGUCUAUCCUGGCAGCACAGGAGGACGAGUAUUUGGAAUCAACAGAUGAGAACCUGGUGCGAGGAAACUGGUCCUUGAAGAUUGACUAUGUGCUGUCAGUGGUCGGCUUCACUGUGGGACUGGGCAACCUCUGGCGUUUCCCUUACCUGGUGUACAAGAAUGGAGGAGGGGCUUUCCUCAUUCCCUACACAAUCAUGAUGGCAAUUGCCGGAGUGCCACUGGUCUUCCUGGAAACUGCUUUGGGACAAUUUGCCAGCCUGGGACCUCUGGAAGUGUGGAAAGUUGUACCCAUUCUACAAGGUUUGGGGAUCCUGGCAUUUAUUUUAUCAGUACUUCAAAGCAUCUACUACAGCAUCAUCAUCAGCUACAGCCUGUUCUACCUGUUCUCCUCCUUCCAAUACCCCCUGCCAUGGGACAACUGUUCCAGCUGGUUGGAUAAAAAUGUAUCCUGUGCCAGAGGUAAUGUGUGCGCCAAUAGAAUCACUACAAAGUCAGCAAGUGAAAUCUACUGGGAUGAGAAAGUUUUACGACGCUCACCUUCAAUCAAUCAUACUGGAAACUUAAACUGGGAUUUGGCCCUUUGCCUCCUCCUAGCCUGGCUGAUCGUUUUUGUCGCAGUUUCUAAAGGAAUCAAAUCUUCAGGAAAGGUGGUUUACUUCACCGUGACAUUCCCUUACUUCGGUCUGAUUUUACUUUUGAUCCGAGGGGUGACCUUGACUGGCGCUAACAAAGGGAUCGAAUUCUACAUGGGAAACCAGUCAGACUUCUCCAAGCUCGCUGAUGCUGAGGUUUGGAAAGAUGCUGCAACACAAACUUUCUAUUCCCUGUCAGUGACCUUGGGUGGGCUGAUUGCUCUGUCGUCCUACAACAAGUUCCACAAUGACUGUUGCACAGAUGCCAUCAGUAUUUGUAUUAUCGAUGGCCUCACAAGCAUGUUUGCUGGAUUCGCCAUAUUUGCUAUUCUUGGACAUUUGUCAUAUGAUACGAAUAUGCCGGUUUCUGAAGUGACUCAUUCAGGUUUUGGAUUGGCUUUUGUUGUCUGCCCAGAAGCUCUUCGUCAUUUGCCAAUUUCUCCUCUUUGGUCUGUUAUAUUUUUCUGCACAAUUAUUGCACUGGGGUUUUCCAGUCAGUCUGUACUAGUAGAAGUCAUUAUAACAUGCCUACAAGAUGAGUUUCCUUUCCUGCUCCGAGAAAAACGUCUUUAUCUAACAGCCGCUGUUUGUUUGGUCUUAUACCUUAGUGGUGUUUUUUUCGAGACACAGGCUGGGAUUUACUGGUUAAAUUUAAUAGAUACUUUCUGCUUUGGAUGGGGCUUACUUUUGAUGGCUUUGUUGGAACUAAUUGGUAUAUGCUGGAUCUAUGGUGUGAACAGAUUCAUCGGUGACAUUGAGAUGAUGAAUGGGAAGAAAAGUUUCUUCUUCUGGAUAUGGUGGAAAGUGUGUUGGGCUUUGAUUACACCAGUCAUCCUGACAGUAGUCCUGGUCUGGUCAAUAAACUCAUUCACUUCUCUGAAAUAUGCAUCAAUUGAUUAUCCGAAAUGGGCAACAAUACUUGGAUGGCUGAUGAUCGCAUUCUGUCUGAUGUGGAUUCCUAUAAUCGCCAUCUUAGAGAUCACUGCUGCUGAAGGUGGCAAUAUUUACCAGAGAGUAUUAACCUGUCUCAAACCAACUUCUGACUGGGGUCCAUACUUGAAAGAACACAGAGGGCAACGAUAUGAAAACCAAACAGAUCCUAGCUUAUUACAACUCCAUUCACGUAUUUCUCAUGCUCUUCUGCUCAAACCUAGAUAAUGGGUGGCUUUGACCCUCUACAAAGGAAAAAAUUCACUUUCAGGUCCAAGGAGAUCCAUUCCUUUCAAACCAGGCAACUGGCAGCCUCACCAGGAAUCCUUGAUGGAUGUGCUACAAAUGGACUGGAUUUUUUUCAGUGGAAGGGGGUGAAUAUUUGGGGGUCUAAGGCAAGGGAGCAGGGGAUGUAAUCUCACCAUCUCAUGGAAUUGACUGAAGCCAUUAUCCCCAUAUCACAUAACCUGCUGAGAUAAAUCCAGGCCUCCACAAGCAUCACAGCAGAAUUCCUAAACAUGUUCCACCAUAAGUACCCAUGCCUCUCCUUCAA